UAUCCUCGUAGCCCCUCCCAAAUUACCACCAGACCCCCAAUUCCCAACCCCGGAGUCCCCCCAGCCCUGCUCCUCUCCAGAGAUGUUCCUAUAAGGAUGUCCCUGAAGGCCACCAAGGCCACCAGCCCUGUCACCAAGCUGGUCCAACACCACAGGAUGACCCCCGGGAGCCUUUCCUUCCUCCCGAGGAAAAACCGGGAAAUUCCAGGCUCCGGGGAGGGUCUCCUCAAUGCCCACCCCCAUCCUGCACCCCAAACCCCUCCCUGGAGCUGGCACAUCCCACCGCCAUCCCCGGAGCGCGUGCAAAGACAAUUAAUCCCUAAUUAAUUUCACUUGUCCUGCCAAGAGCUGAUGGUUUCCUGCUCGAGAAAUUGUGGCGGCUUUCCCGGCAGCGCCAUUCCCUGUUUUUCCGCCGGGUGCCAGGGCGGGAGAGGGCAGGGCGGCUCUGGGGCACCUCUUAUCUCCUGCCCGCAGUCCUCGGCUCCCCUUGGAGCGGGAGGAGCGGGGAAGUCACCCCCGGACACCUCCUGGCACGUGGGUGCCCUGUCCGAGUGGCCACCCCCGGUGCCACCCCCGGCACCCAGCAGAGCCCCCAGCCUCGGAGGAGCGGCGUGAGAAAGCCACCAUGGGCAACUGUGUCCCCGUGACCCCCGGCAUCGUGGAGACCCCGGGCUCCCUGGACAUGGAGGGAAUCACGGGCAACUUCUCCUCCUACUACGACGACGACACUGACAGCAACGACACCCUCCUGGACUACGACGCCGCACCCUGCCACAACCGCUUCUGUCCCCUCUUCCAGCGCGUGGCCCCCCCUUUCCUGGCCGCCACCUGCGCCGCGGCCGCGCUGGCCACCGGCGCCCUGCUGGUGGCCCUGGCCAGGCGUCCCCAGGCGUGGCGGUGGCCGCAGAGCCGCGCGCUGGUGGCGCAGCUGGCGCUGGGCGCGGCGCUGUUCGCGGCGCUGCUGCCGGCGCUGGCCGCGGGCGUGGCGCGGGGCUGGCACCUGGGCACGGGGCCGUGUCGCCUCACGUACCUCCUGUGGCACUGGAGCGUCUUCGCCCAGGCGCUGCUGGUGGCCAGCGGCUGCUGCGGCACAGCCUGGGCUCGCUGGGACCCCCGGAGCCGCCGCCUGGCCGUGGCGCUGUGGGCGGCGGCGCUGCUCUUGGCCACGCCGGCCGCUCUGGUCAGCGGCGUGGCGGGGGACACCGCCUGCGUCCGGCGCAGCGUGGACAUCCUGGCCCCGGUGUACCUGCUGCACCUGGCGCUGUGCCUCUGCCUGCUGCUGCUGCUGCCCGCGGGGCUGCUGCUGGCCGCGCUGGCCGCGCCGCGCCUCAGGGCGAGCUGGGCGAGCGGGGCCGGGCUGGCCUGGCUCUUCCUGGGGCUCUGGGGGCCCUACGGAGCGGGGCUGGCCGGGGAGUUCCUGCUGCAGGCCGGGCUGCUGGAGCCCACCUGCGGCUCCUUCCAGCACUUCGACAUCGCGCUGGGGCUGAGCGAGGCGCUGGGGGUGCUGCACUGCGGCCUCGGGCCCCUGGCGCUGCUGCUCGCCCGCAGCUGCCGCCGCGAUGCCGGUGCUGCCGGGGGCUGCUGAGCUCGGGGGCUGCCGAGCUCCGGGACUGCCGUGCUCCGGGACUGCCGUGCUCCGGGAAUGCCGAGCUCCGGGACUGCCGAGCUCCGGGAUUGCCGAGCUCCGGGAUUGCCGAGCU